AUGUAUUGGGUUUUUGGCGUUACGGAUUUGUCGGAUUACGAGACCGAAGGUAAUGGUUUGGAGCUAUGGAAGCUCAAGGUCACCUGGGAUGAUCCUCUUCCAAAUGAGUGCAAAAACCGUUGGAGGACAUUCCGAGGAGACCUCAUCAACUUAGACAGAGUUACUGUACCCAGGUGGAUACAGUUAUCAUCAGACACUGCCAACAUCCAAAUGCAGGGAUUCGCAGAUGCAUCAACGGUAGCCAUGAGUGCAGUGGUCUACCUUAGAACGAGAUCAAGCAACGAGAAACCAUCAACAGUUCUAGUAUGUGCGAAAACCAAAGUCGCACCAAUCAAAAGGAUGACCAUACCCAGACUAGAGCUCACAGCAGCUCUGCUUUUAACCCAGCUAGUGGACUCAACAUACGAGAUGCUUCAACUAGACCGGAAUCAGAUGGAAACCUAUCUCUGGUCAGACUCAUCAGUCACACUAGACUGGAUCAGAAGCCCAGCCUCAAGAUGGAAGGAUUUCGUCCAUAACAGGGUCAUCAAAAUACAGGAAACGCUACCAAAGGCCAUAUGGAGACACGUCAGUGGCAAGGAAAACCCAGCUGAUUGUGCCUCAAGAGGAAUCUCACUAAACGAGUUAGCAGAUCAUCCACUCUGGUGGUCAGCACCAAGCUGGAUCAAUCAGGAUCCAGAAGACUGGCCUCAAUCAACCAUAGACGUAUCCAAAAUGGAUACUCCAGAGGUGGCCAAGGAAGCUAAACCAGUACCAGUUCAUCCAGCACGGAUGAAAAUCAGCAAAGUAGCAGAACUCCUCAACAGAUACACUUCAAUGGCCAAACUGUUAGCAGUAACAGCGACUAUCAACAGAGCGAUAGACAGAUUCAGCCGGCGCCCAACGGCCCCGAGACCUGUCCUGACAACUAGAGAACUAAACGAAGCAAGAGUAUUCUGGGUUAAGUUACCAAGAAGUCAUCAGCUAGCUAAGCUAACACCAACACUAGACGACCAAGUCAUCAUGAGACUAGGAGGUCGCCUCAAAAACGCUCAACUCAGUCCAGAGGAAAUACAUCCUAUAAUCCUACACAGACAGUCCAGGUUCACCACAUUGGUCAUUGCCGAAGCUCACCAGAGAACCCAACAUGGAGGUACUCAACUGACUCUAGCCUAUACGAGACAAAGAUAUUGGAUCGUAGGAGGCAGAGGCACUGUCAGAGCAUACAUCUUACGUUACGCCAUCUGCACCCGUCAUCGAGGAAGACAAGCUCAACAGCAGAUGGGUCAACUGCCAUCAACAAGGAUUUCACCAGCCAGGCCAUUUCUCCACACAGGAGUGGAUUAUGCAGGUCCAUUCCCUAUUCUGAACUGGAGGCCAACAAAUGCACAACCAGGAACAGUGCAUAUAGCAGUAUUUGUGUGCUUCACCACGUCAGCAGUUCACCUAGAGCUCGUCAACAGGCAGACAACAGAGGCUUUCAUCGGCGCCUACAAAAGGUUCACGGGAAGACGUGGCAUUCCAGCAGUCAUGUAUAGUGACAAUGCCACCACCUUCACAGGAGCAGCAGAGGUCCUAGAGCAACUUUAUCAUCAGGAGCCAAGAGCGAACCAACAAGUCCAGGCUGUCCUCGCAACCCAUGGAACUCAGUGGAAGUUCAUCCCACCAAGAGCACCACAUUUCGGUGGUAAAUGGGAGGCAGCCGUGAAAUCUGUGAAAUAUCACCUGAAGAGGAUACUAGGACCAUCAACACUCACAUACGAAGAGCUCAACAGCGUGAUCAUCCAGAUAGAAGCGUGCCUCAACUCCAGACCAGUCUAUCCAAUGUCAGAUGAUCCAGAAGAUCUCCAAGUGUUUACUCCAGGACACUUCCUGGUAGGAACGCCCCUUCAACUGGUGCCAGAACCGUCUCUUCUCCAGAAACCUAGCAGCAAGCUACAGAGAUGGAACCUCGUCACCCAAAUCACCCAACAAUUCUGGUCCAGGUGGUCUAAGGAGUGCUUGCAGCGAUACCAAGCAAUCUACAAAUGGAAGAACCAACAGGACAAUAUCAAGGUCGGCGACAUGGUCCUGAUGAUGGAUGAAUAUCCACCCGCAACGUGGCCAAUCGCCAGAGUCAUCGCAACGUGA